UACACACAUCAACCACAUACGUCUCCAAGGCGACCAAGGUCAAGCCAGUCGAGAUCGUCGAAAUCCCCGACGACGACGACGACCAUCACGUCCCCAUCAACCCACCGAUGGGAGCCACCAAAGAAAACGCCAUUUCAGUUGAAACCUACCGUAACUCCAUGCAACCAAGAAACCACAAGAAACGCUUCUUCAUUGACCUUAACCGUGCAACGCAAGAAACCCAUUACGAAGACGUGCAUGUUCUCGACUCCUUCCCCUUCCCAAAUCGAAACCCUCGUCGUAAAAUCACUCUAAACUCCACUUUCGAGGCUGGCGAGUCAUCAAACACUCAAGCCAGUACUCUCUUUGUGUGUGAAAUAUGUGUCGAUGAGAAGAGUUUUAACGAGGCCUUUUCGAUCAACGGGUGUACUCAUUCGUAUUGUACUAAUUGUAUCGUUACGUACAUCGCAAGCAAGCUCCAAGACAACAUUACUCAAAUCCUCUGCCCUGUUCCGGGCUGCAGGGGACUGUUAGAGCCCGAGGAUUGUCGCUUGAUCUUGCCGCUUGAGGUGUUUGAUCGAUGGGGCAAGGCGUUAUGCGAGGCCGUGAUUUUUGACUGGGAGAAAUUUUAUUGCCCUUACAAAGAUUGCUCUGCUAUGUUGAUUGAUGAUGGGAUGGUGGCUACUUUGUCGAAUUGUCAGUACUGUGAGAGGGAUUUCUGCGCGAAUUGUCGUGUGCCGUGGCAUUUGGGGGUGGAAUGUUUGGAGUUUCAGAGUUUGAGUAAGGAUGAGAGGGAAGCUGAGGAUCUUUUGCUGAUGCAGCUUGCGAAGAAUCGAAGGUGGAAGAGAUGUCCUGGAUGCAAGAUCUAUAUCGAUAAAUAUAUGGGUUGCUCAGCUGUUCGUUGCAGGUGUGGACAUGGUUUCAUUUACAAACCUUAAGUGCAGGCUCUGGUUGUCAAUGUUUGAUAAAAAUGCUAAACUGAUAUCUGGAGGCAAGGGGUAGGCGCCUUAUGUGAGCUAGUGGCUUUAGUACCAAGUAUUUAGCAAGUAGAGCUCGGAAGAAAGCAUCAGUAUAAUGUUCUGCAUAUUAUGCAGCGUAUGUCCAUGGCAAGUAUUUUAUGUAUGAUGAAAUAUAUGUAAGAAGACAAUGUGAAAGUUGUCAAGACUAGUACAAUUCUCUGAUAAAUUAUAUGCUGAGAUAUUAUUUAUUAUAAUACCUGAGUCUACCACACCAUA